AUGAAGGUAGUCAUUGAGCCGCACAACCCCGCUUGGGAAGCUGAAUUCGCUCGAGUCCGAGAUGAUCUUCACAAGAUUCUCAAGGACGUCCCAGUCUUGUCCAUCGAGCAUGUGGGCAGUACAUCAAUCCCCGGCCUGUCCGCAAAACCAGUACUUGAUAUCGACAUUGUCGUGACUCCCAACACUCUCGCUGCUACCAGAGAUGCGCCGAUUGCUGCGGGGUACGUCGACUUCGGAGAGAUGGGUGUCCCAGGUCGCGUUGCCUUUCGACAACCAGGACAUGAACACUCGCAAGCAGCGACUGGCUUGAUUGACAAAUCUAAAGCGAUGAGAAGAAAUACUUAUGUCGUUCUCGAGGGGAGCGCCGCACUGAAAAAUCAUCGGGAUUUGAAGCGGGUGCUGACGCAAGACGUCGAGUUGAGGAAGGAGUAUGGGGAUGUGAAGCAGCAGUUGGCGACCAGAGAGGUGCAGGAUGUUGAUGAGUAUUGCAGAGGGAAGAAUGACAUCUUGUUGAAGAUCUUGAAGGGUGCUGGUUGGAACGAGGAGGAGUUGGAGGAGGUGAGGAAGGCCAACAAGUGA